AGACACACGAGCAGCAGCAGCAGCAGCACGACGGAACGAAACCACCUCCGUCGUCGUACCUCUGCGCACGGGCGAUUCAGGGCGAUUUCACAACCGCGCGCGAGGAGACACUUGGUUCUUUUUUCCCUCCUUAUUUCUCUACCACUCGGCCGUUUCUAUCUCGAUUUCACUCGCUGCUGGCACGGCGAGCACCGUGAAGCGACUACGUAUACGCACGCACACGUAGAGACAAUGGAGGAGUGACGGAGGAGGAAUGAAGAAAGACAGUGGUUUCUCGGAAACAGAAACGGAUGAGAACGCGCGGAUUACGUCUAUAGGUGUGUGCGCGUGUAUAUGUUGUGUAUAUAUACAUUACGUUGUACUGCUACCAUGGUCUGCUCCAUAUCAGACGAACGAAAACAAUAAUCAGCUGAUUCGACAGGUAGGUCUACUCCGUGGGGCAGAGGCGGGGAGACGGCGACCGAUCGAGGAUCGAAACAAAUCGCGGAGCGAAACACGAGCGUCGCAAAUAGGAAGCGACUUUUACCGAUUUAUUAAGAAAUCGAUUAUUUUUACACAGUAUUUUUGGAGGCCGCGAUAUUUGAAUUUUUUUUUUUUUUACGAAUAUCGUGGCAUUCGUGGCUGCGUUCCGAUACUCACUGCCAGCAGUACCAAAUUGAAAAUUUACAAUAUACGUUACAUGCAUUAUAAGUUUUCAGCACUGCACUGUGGUGAAGGAAGAACCAAGCGGCCCGAAGGUCUACGCCAUCUACAGCGACAAUAUCAGUUUUAAAACAAAAAUAAUGAAUUUAAAUUUCUGUUGUAAACUUUUGUGUCCGGAGGAAGAAUCAACGAGUCAUAUUUUUAGCUGAUGCAGAAACAUGUCGAUUUACAAAUGGUAAUUUGUGAAGAAAUAUGGCAAGAAGAUUUGGCUCCAACGGAAAUGAAGGAUGUAUCUUCCAAAAUUUGCUCUGACAAGAUUUCUAGCACCAGGAUUUUAUCGAAUACAAUACCUUACUUUCUGGCAUCUUUACAUCAGCACCAUCGAACGUUGAGUCGUCCUGAGCUGUGAAUGAGAGCCGUCUUAAACUUCUCAUCUGCGAAGAAUUUGGCGAAUCCAGACGAUCUGAGGACUACUUUAGGAUGCUACGGUGACGUCAAUGCGUACACACCAAAUAUAGACUCCCUGGCUGAGGAUGGCAUUGUUUUCACCGAAGCAUUCGCACAGCAAGCUUUAUGUGCACCCAGUAGGAACUCCUUUCUGACUGGCAGAAGACCGGAUACCCUCCGACUUUACGACUUUUACAGCUACUGGCGUAACGCGGUGGGUAAUUACACCACGUUGCCGCAACAUUUGAAAAACAAUGGUUAUACCACGAUGUCCAUAGGAAAGGUGUUUCAUCCAGGUAUAAGUUCUAACGGAUCUGACGACAGUCCCUACUCAUGGACCGAGAAACCUUUCCAUCCCUAUACAGAUCGAUACAAAAAUGCUCCUGUUUGCAGGAUGGUCCCACAAUCAAAAGCGGCAACGAAUCUCAUAUGUCCAGUACGAGUUUCGAUCAUGCCGAACAAAACGUUACCUGAUCUCGAGACGUUACGAGAGGCGAGAAGAUUUAUAAACAAACACAAAAAAGAUGUUAAUCCUUUCUUCCUUGCUGUUGGUUUUCAGAAGCCUCAUAUACCUUUGAAGUAUCCUGAACGCUAUCUAAAAUAUCAUCCUAUACGAAAGUUCAAGAUGCCCAAACCAUACAUAUGGCCAGACAAUGUAAAUAACGUUGCUUAUAAUCCUUGGACCGAUCUCCGAUGGAGAGAAGAUGUGGCAAAGUUAAAAUUAAAAUUUCCAUGGGAAAAAAUACCAGAAAAGUUUGCUAAGCGAAUUAUCCAAUCGUAUUACGCAGCUGUAUCUUAUAUCGAUAAUAUGAUCGGAAAACUUAUACAUCAGUUACACGUCUCAAUGAUCCGAAAAAAUACUAUUGUAAUAUUAACAUCUGAUCAUGGUUGGGCACUUGGAGAACAUGCUGUCUGGUCCAAAUAUAGCAAUUUCGACGUUGCUGUGCAUGUACCUUUGAUAAUGUCAAUUCCAAUAAUCACAUCUGAUUUUGAUUACGAUGCUGUACUUAGAGAUGAUAUGAGAUAUAAUACACAGAUUACAAACAAUGAUAAAAUAGAAAAUGCAGUUAAUUUAAAAUACAUAUUACAUGUUGGAAAAAUCGGAACUUCAAAUAUAAGUAUAGGAUAUGUAAGCAGGGAACAUAAAAGAACUCUCUUUGAAACGUACAUUCAACGAAGACAUAAAUCUAUGAGAAACAAUGCGUUACAUUCCAAGAAGCACUGUCAAGUUACAAACGCUAUUGUGGAACUUGUCGAUAUAUUUCCGACAAUCGCGGAUUUAGCGGGUGUUCCCAUACCAAUAUGUCAAGACAUUAAUAGUACGAACGAUCAUUUAAAAAAUGUUCUCACUCAAAAUGAAGUGCCUAAUCCUUGUAGCGAAGGUAUUACAUUAUUACCACUUAUAAAAAGUACUUUAAAAUGUCAGAGAGUAUCUUGGAAAAAGGCGGCAUUUAGUCAAUAUCCAAGACCAGAAAUUCAACCUGUGCUGCAUCCUAAUAGCGACAAGCCCCGCUUGAAAGAGAUAAAUAUUAUGGGCUAUACUUUGAAAACCAGCAAUUAUCGUUAUACUGUCUGGAUACCAUUUGCACAUACGACAUGCAAACCAGAUUGGGACGUUAUUAUUGCAGAAGAGUUAUACGAUCACAAAACGGACAGAGCAGAAGAUUUUAAUAUCGCAGCUUUGCCAGAAAUGUUAAAAACGAAAAGAUAUCUUAGAAAAUUGCUAAAAAAUGGAUGGAGAGAUGCUCUGCCAAGAUAUUAAGAUUAUAAUAUAAACAUUUUUAUAAAAAAAAAAAACAGUCU